AUGAUGGAGAGCACAGGAGGGCUAUAUCUGAACACGGCUGCUGUGACAUCCCCUGUGGGAAUAGCUCGUUUGCUGCAGAUGACGUUUGGAUGCACCACGUUCAGCCUUGUAGCACACCAGGGGGGAUUCAGCGCAGCGUACGGCACUUUCUGCAUGUUUGUCUGGACCUUCUGUUUCGCCAUCACUGUCUUCAUCAUCACCUGUGAAUUCACGCACCUGCACAGCUGCCUGAGCAUCUCCUGGGGAAACUUCACUGCUGCUUUUGCCAUGCUUGCCACACUCAUGUCCGUCACGGCAGCGGUGAUCUACCCGCUCUACUUUGUCCAGCUUGGCUGUUACCCCAUCGGCUGCGAGGUGAGAGACUUCCAAAAGCCACCCAGUGUCUGCGCAGGCCUCCUGUUCCUUGCGUACGCCGCUGAGGUCUUCUUAACCAGGGCAAAACCAGGACAAGUCACCAGCUACAUGGCCACCGUCUCCGGGCUCGUGAAAAUCGUGCAGGCCUUUGUGGCCUGCAUCAUCUUUGGGGCGCUGGUGAACGACAGCCAGUAUGGCAAAUACGUGGCGACGCAGUGGUGUGUGGCUGUCUACAGCUUCUGCUUUGUGGUGACAGUGGUGGUGGUGGCCUUCAGUGUCACAGGUAAGACCGCCUUGCUUUGGUUCCCCUUCGAGCGCUCUGUGGUCAUCUACACCGUGGGGGCCGUGCUGCUAUACGUGAGCGCAGCCGUCAUCUGGCCGGUGUUCUGCUUCGACAGCAAGUACGGCUCCCCGCGGCGCCCUGGCCUCUGCGCCAAGGGCCGGUGCCCCUGGGACAGCCAGCUGGUGAUUGCUAUCUUCACCUACGUGAACCUGCUGCUCUACGUCAUGGACCUGGCGUACUCCCAGCGCAUCCGCUUUGUCUCACACCUCUGA